CAGUGCUGUGAUACAGUGUGUUUUGUUGCAUGGUUUUGGUUGGAUGGUAUUGCGUGGUUUACAGGGCGGUGCUAUUUGCAGUUUGUAGUGUUGUGUAAUACCGUGUGUGAGCCUGAGCACCAUCAGCAGUAGCAGAAGCAUCCGUUCCUACCACAAACCCUCCAGCCACUCCAUUCUGCUCUUAUGGACUGCGUUCCCUUUUUUAUCAUUUAUUAUUAUUCUCUCCUUCCUUUGUCUUCCUUUGUCAGACAGCUUUCAUUUGUUUCAUCUCUCUCUCUCUCUCUGUCUCUCUUACUCCCCCCACCCCCAGGAUGUGGCUGUGGGUUGAUUAGAAAAUGCGUGGCACAGAAAAGGCAAUCCAUCACCCUGCCAAAGCCAGCUACUUCUGCACAUGCGCCUGCUGACACAUACACCCAAACACACACAAACACACACUCUCCACCUCCUCUUCCUCAUUUCCCUCCUUUCUUUAACAUCCACACAAAUGCGUUCAUGCUUUGCUGUGUGUUUUUUCUUUUUAAGGGGCCAGCAUCAUCUCUCAUCUGCCCUCCACCCCCACUUUCAUUUCUUCUCUUCACCUUUCCUUGCCCUUCCUCCUCUGAAUCCCACCUCCCACUCCUUCUCGUCUACCCCCACUAAUCUACCCAGUCAUGCCUCUUUUGCUUUUAUAGAUUAUCCUGAUGGUAAUUUUGCCCAGUUAAAUCAUUUACAGUGCAGACACAGAGAGACAUACAAAGGAAGAGUGAGGAGCGUUUGCAGUGAAAUAUUUAUUAACCCUCACAUGAUCCCACAGGAAGUUAAUCAUUUCUGCCGUGGUGAUAUCUACUUUAUUAAUGCCACCAAAUCAUCGUUAUACUUAUAACUGAUGGACCUUUACCAUUGGACGAAGACCUUGCCCCAGCCCUGGAUUCAAGUUCCUCUUUUUCACUGAUAGUAGCGAGCCCCAGUUGUGGCCGGUGGGCAUGGUUUUGGAGGGUAGCUCAGAGGCGCUGUGUCCCCCCCCAUCUCUGGAGCUGCGCCCAUCCUGCAACAAGAGCCAGCCCUCGCCUCCUCUGGGGUCAAGCUCACAAUCCCACGACGGAGUCUUCUCUGAGGACAAGGAGCCCGUCAAGUACGGCGAGCUCAUUGUAUUAGGGCACAAUGGGUCACUGGCCAAUGGGGACAAAGGUCGGAGAAGAAGUCGCCUUGCCCUCUAUAAGAGACCUAAAGCCAAUGGAGUCAAACCUGAUGUUAUCCACAAUGUUUCAACCCCUCUGGUGUCAAAGGCACUCAGCAACAAAAGCCAACACAGCAUCUCCUACACACUGUCGCGGAGCCACUCUGUCAUUGUGGAGUACACCCAUGACAGCAACACAGACAUGUUUCAGAUUGGCCGGUCCACAGAGAGCAUGAUCGACUUUGUGGUGACGGACACAGCAGGCAGCAGUCAGGGUGGGGGUGCAGCAGGGGAGGGUGGCGGCGGCGGUCAGUCGGCCCAGAGCACCAUCUCCCGCUAUGCCUGCCGCAUCAUGUGUGAACGCAGCGCUCCCUACACCGCCCGCAUCUACGCAGCCGGCUUCGACUCUUCCAAAAACAUCUUCCUUGGGGAGCGAGCUGCCAAAUGGAGGACAUCGGAUGGCUUGAUGGAUGGCCUGACCACCAAUGGAGUGCUGGUGAUGCACCCGGCAGGGGAGUUUGUGUCUGAGCCAGCUCCAGGCGUUUGGCGGGAAAUCUCAGUUUGUGGAAACGUCUUUGCCUUGAGGGAGACUCGCUCAGCCCAACAGAGGGGCAAACUGGUUGAAAAUGAGUCAAACACCCUCCAAGACGGUUCUCUAAUUGAUCUGUGUGGGGCUACCCUGCUAUGGAGGACCCCCGCUGGACUGCGGCACACUCCCACCCUCAAACAGCUGGAGUCCCUUCGCCAGGAGCUGAAUGCCGCCCGACCCCAGUGUCCCGUGGGGUUCAACACACUGGCAUUCCCAAGUUUGGCUCAGCGUGAGAUCGUUGACAAGAAGCAGCCCUGGGUCUACGUUAAUUGCGGCCACGUACAUGGCUACCAUAACUGGGGCUACCGCAAGGAAAAGGGUCCUGCCGGCCCUGGGGGCACAGCACCAGCCAGCACCGGGGAAAGGGAGUGCCCCAUGUGCCGGCGAGUGGGCCCCUAUGUGCCGCUGUGGCUGGGCUGUGAAGGAGGAUUGUACCUGGAUGCCGGGCCACCCACUCACGCUUUCUGCCCCUGCGGCCAUGUAUGCUCAGAAAAAACAGUGGUGGGAUGGAGCCAAAUCCCAUUACCCCACGGCACCCACGCCUUCCAUGCUGCCUGCCCCUUCUGUGGUACCUGGCUGACGGGGGAGCAGGGCCACAUCAAACUAAUCUUCCAGGGCCCCGUUGACUGAAGCUACUCAGAGGAAACUGAGGGCGGAGAGGACAGAGGUGAACCUGCUGAGUAAAGACUGUCACUGUGUGCAAAGACAAAAAUGUGGACACUCAAGUGUGGGAUGAAAGAAUGAGUACAAGAAAAGGACUGUUGACAUGAUGCAAUAGUAGAUUGCCAAGACUUCAAAUGAGGUGUACGGAGAGUAUGUAAAUAAACUGUGUUGAAAUCAA